AUAGCUGACACUCUUUCUCCUUCACAGGAUAGAGACAUGAUGAUGCCUGCCCCUGGCCCGUAUCAGAAGCUAGAGCGAGGCUGGCAAACCAAGGGGAGGACUGGAAGCCUUCAGAGCCCCCAGAAAUUUAACAAUCAGGACUUCACCCACUUGAGAGACUACUGCCUGAGCCGAGGCCUGCUGUUUGAAGAUGACACCUUCCCAGCACAUGUCAGUUCCAUUGGUCCCAAUCUGCUCUCAGAAGACAAGCUGAGCCGCCUACAGUGGAAAAGACCAAUGAUGAUUGAGAGAAAUCCCCAUUUAAUCAUGGAUGGUGUUAGCAGAUUUGAUAUCAUUCAAGGAGAAAUAGGUGAUUGCUGGGUUCUGGCUGCCCUGGGAUCUUUGACAUUACAGAGGCAAUUUCUGGAAAAUGUUCUGCCAAAGGACCAAGGAUUCAAAGAGAAUUAUGCUGGGAUUUUUCAUUUCCGGUUCUGGCAUUUUGGAGACUGGGUGGAUGUGGUGAUAGACGACCAGCUGCCUUUUCUCAAUGGGAGGUACCUGUCUGUUCAACCGCGCAGCAGAAAUGAAUUCUGGCCAUCCCUGCUAGAAAAAGCAUAUGCCAAGUUGCGAGGCUCCUAUCAGAAUUUGCACUGGGGUUACAUUUCCGAUGCGUUAGUAGACUUGACCGGUGGAGUCCAAGUGCAGUUUCCUUUACAGAAACCUCCUUCUGAUCUGCAGGAGAUACUAAAAGCAGCUGCCAAAUCACAAUGCCUGAUGGGAUGUACCACGCCAGGAUGGCAAUCCAUUGGCAACGUGGAGUUGAAGAACGGACUCGUGAAAGGCCAUGCCUAUACUGUCACCGGGGCUACAGAAAUACCAUACAAGAAUGGCUGGGAAGAUAUAAUCAGAGUGUGGAAUCCUUGGGGUCACGGGGAAUGGAGAGGGCCUUGGAGUGAUGGCUCUCCCCAGUGGGAUCGAGUUCCAGUUGAAUAUAAGAGAGAUCUCUGUGAAGAUAAGGACGAUGGAGAAUUCUGGAUGUCAUAUCAAGCUUUCGCAGAGCAAUUUUUCUCGCUGUGUAUUUGCGAUAACACCCCAUCAUUUCUGGACUUUGGAGAUCAGCGUGGUACAAAGUGGUCCCUGGCCAUGUAUGUAAACCAAUGGGCUCGAGGACUCACUGCAGGUGGAAGCAACUAUCAUAAUGGUGCAUUUUCAAGGAACCCCCAGUACUUUAUCCAAGUGGAGGAGCCUGACCUGAAAAACUAUAAUGUGGUGGUGUCACUGAUGCGAAAACCUGUCAAUAAUAUGACAGAUGCACAAAAAUUGUUCACCGGCUUUUUGAUCUUCAGGGUUGAACCCGAGUUCCAGGGCCUGAGGGACAGAUUGCCAGUUGCAUUUUUCUCUCAGUAUAAGUCCAAAGUUCUGAAGUGCGGUUUGAACGUGUCAGCCCGAGAUGUCACCAAUUACUUUUACUUGAGCCCCGGGACCUAUGUUGUUGUUCCAGCCACAUCAGAAGAAGGCCAAGAGGCUGAAUUCCUCCUACGAAUCUUUCUGAGGUGCCAAGACUCCAAUGAGGACCUGAAAAGCAGGCUCAGCCCAGUGAUGCCAAAGGACAUACCCAAGCAGAGUCAAGACAACUCCUCUGAAAACGUCUUCCUCAGAUAUGCUACACAGGGUUCAGACAUCAAUGCCUCACAGCUGCAAAGGCUCCUCAAUGAAGUGUUCCUGAAAGAUUGGCUGGCCAGCCCGGGCAGAGGAUUCUGCUUUGAGUCAUGCAGAGGCAUUUUAGCUCUGAUGGAUCUCAAGUCUAAUGGAAGACUCUCCCUGCAAGAAUUUAAGCACCUCUGGAAACUCCUUGCUCAGUACAAGGACAUUUUCAGGAGGGUAGAGGGAACCGGUUCCGGAUUCCUGGAUAUCUCCGAUUUGAGGAAUGCACUACAGAGAGCAGGCCUGGCUGUUGAUGACCAGCUCCUCCAUGUGACGGCUCUGAGGUACAGCGAUUCCUCCAUGAGAAUCUGUUUCCCUGAUUUUGUGUGCUGCAUGCUCCGUCUCAAAACCAUGGCAAGUGUAUUUCGCAGUUUAUCAAAGGAUGGAAAGAUUUGCUUCACUGCAACAGAGUGGAUGAUUUUUACCAUGUACUGCUAA